AGUUGCAUAUCAGUGACAUCUACCAAUUUUUUAUAAAAAUAAAAUGUAUUAUCUUGAAAUGCAUCAAUUACAUAUUAUAUUUAAAAAAUGAUAUUAAAUUGUGCUAAACGAUAUUUUAUACAAAUUAUUUUAUUUUACACACUAAUUUUAUUGGUAAAUUGCGAUGAAUUAGAAGCUCAUAUUUCGUUAAAUGUAGAAGGAACAGGAUUUCAUAGAAAUUUAAUAUAUCAAAUAUAUAUCGAUCAUUUCAUAGAGGAUUGUUACAUUGCUCUUUAUUUGCAACUUCCAUCUGCUUUAUAUGUUGAUGUUAAUGAAUUAAAUCAUUUAAGAAGACUCGGAAUUAGCACAGCAUGUUCUAGCGGAGAAACCAAUGUUGAGUUAUUCACUGAAAAAGCACAAAUACAAAAUAUAAGUAUUUGUUCACAUUUAACUAAUGUAGAAAGUACCUUAAAACUCCCAGUACAUCAACGUUAUCGAUAUGCUGGUGUAAAUGAUAAAUACAUAAAUAUUAGCUUACCAGAUCCAAAGUUGUUAUUGGGCUGCAGAAAAAGACUUAAAGAAUACAGAAUUUCUAAAAUUGAUUUGUGUUCUCCAUGCGUAGAUAUCGUACCUAAAUGGAGAGAGAUUCCAUACUUGAUACUAAAUAAUAAUGAUAUGGAAAAUGAAUGGACAAUUCCAAUUGGUGAGACAACUAUGUUACCUCUGGUAACUUAUACAACAUUGUUAUUAACAAUAUUAUGUACAGUAUUCCUUAUACAUACAAUUUGGAAAUCUAUGCCUAAACAACAUCUUAAGAGAGAGUAACAUAUCUUAAUUAAAUAUGUUGAUAUAUUAUGAUCAUUUGUACUUUUAUAGUAACAAAUUCUUCUAAACUUGCAUAAAUACGUUCAUGCGUACUGUUCUUUAAUUUAAUAAAUAUUAAAUAUAAUAAUAUUUAUAUAUAACAUAAAUAUUUAUAUACAAUGCACAUUUAAAAAUCAUAUGCAUUUACAAAUAAAAUAAUGAUACAUUUUUCAUAUGUAUUCAUAAAAUAAUGAAAAUGAUGAUAUUGAAUUGUUCGAUCACAGCAUCUAUAAUACAUUUUAUUAAUAGUUAUGAUAAAUAUUUAUACUGUCUAGCAUCAUAACACCAUCACGAUUCUUUUUCUAUAAAAAGCCAUCUUUUCAA